AUGAACGAAGUACCGUCUAAUGAAGAAGACAAUCUCAACUGCUCUGUAUUUGAAGGAGCAUCCACCGUCAACUUUGUCAUUCUGAUAUUGAUUUCCAUUGGGAUUAUCAUCAGUUACAUCCCGCAGUACAGAAGAAUAUUUCUCAAACGCACAUCCGAAGGGCUAUCCACCAACUUUUUGCUACUUGGGUCAUGCUCCUCCCUCUUCACACUAACCAAUAUCAUCUUGAUCAGCUCGAGAGCAAGAAGGUGCUGCUACAUUGGAGCAUUAAACACAUUCAACUGCAUCAACUCCCAACUCAACCUAUUUCAAAUAUCCAUCCAGUGCGUUUGCGCCAUCCUCAUCUUGGUGCUUGUGUUGGUGUUGACUAGGGACUCCGUCAAACAGGACAGGGCUGAAUAUGCAAGGAUAGUGUUUGUGGGACAAGUUGUCUUGUUCCACGCCAUAGUCUCGGUGCUUGAGAUCAUGAUCGGGUACACAUCGGGCACAGCAAUCUUGUACUCCAUCGCCAACGUCAAUGGCCUACUAUCGGCUGCUCUCACCGUUGUAAAGUACGUGCCCCAGAUCAACACUACAUACCAUUUGAAGCACCCGGGAACCUUGUCGAUUGGGAUGAUGUGCAUACAAACCCCUGGUGGGUUUGUAUUUGCCGCUACGUUGAUGUUCACCAAGGGCUCUCACUGGAGCUCAUGGGUGAGUUAUUUGGUUGCUGCUCUUCUUCAAGGCACCUUAUUGACGCUAUGCAUCUACUAUGAGUAUUUUUGCCCCAAACACGAGGGAUAUGAUGAAGUGGAGUCAGGAAAUGAGGAUUCAACUGCUUGA